AUGCCUCUCCGCGGAAUUUCUGUUUCCUCCGCAACUCAUCCUCAUUCCAAUUUCCCCAUUCUUCAAAAUCCUGCAACAAUUACUUCAUCCCUUGCGCCCAAAAUUCCGGAUAACGUUCAAUGGCGCGAAAAAUCGCCGCCGUUCUCCUCGGGCAGGAGAAUGCUUAACCUGUCUAUUGUUGGAUUUCUGCUAUCCUUUGGACAACCCUUUCCGAGAUUCUUGUUUUUCUCCAAGGCCAUGGCGGAGCUCGACAGAUACACGGAUGCCAAACAAGGGUUCACUGUCCUCGUACCCUCUUCCUGGGUUAAGGUGGAUAAGGCGGGAGCAACUCUACUGUUCGAGGAAGCAAAUAAAAGGGCAAACAGUGUGGGUGUGGUGGUGAGCCCGACUCGGAUAUCGAGCCUUGGAGAAUUCGGGACGACUCAGUUUGUGGCGGAUAAGCUUAUCCAGGCCGAAAGGCGCAAGGAGAGCACCAAAGAGGCUGAGGUAAUCUCGGUGGCAGAGAGACAGGGCCAAGGGGGCCUUCAAGUGUUUGAGUUUGAAUACAAGGUCGAUAGCACCAGGGGAGGGCCCAAGAGGGUCUUUUCUGCUGCUUUUGUGAAAUCUAAGAGGCUCUAUCUUUUGAACAUCACUCAUUCCGAUGGUUUAGAUAACCCUCUUAGUGUGGAGACUAAGAUGAUGCUGGAACAAGUUAUGCAUUCAUUUGAUGCCACUCCUUCAACCUAA